AUGGACGGUUCAAUUACCGACCAGGAGCAACCUCUACGCUCUGCGUGUGACCGGUGUCAUGCCCACAAGGUUCGGUGCAGUCGGACGGUGCAAAACGAAGAUGGAACCGGCCUAGACGAGCCAUGUUCCCGAUGCCUCAAAGCACAAAUCCCCUGCGUUCUGGGUCUCCGCGGCAAGGUGGGAAGGCCGGCAAAGAAUGUGAAGAGGAAAGCGCCGAGUUGUGAGGAUUUCCAUAACCACCAUCACCACCACCAUAGGUCAGAUCAAUAUGGCCGGUCACAUGAACAAGCCGAAAGUCGCGCUGUCAACCCAACCCCGGCCGUGCUUACCGGCAGCUCGGAGCCCAGCAGCACCGAGGUGACGGUGCAACCAUGCCUCCAAUCACCGAGGGUCUACCCAACGCCGGAUAUGACACCAUUUCACUUUAAUCUCACCGAGAUUGAAACCUGGGAACCGUCUAGCACGCUGUCGCUAGGCUUCAGAACGCCACUACCUCCCAACUUUGGGUUCAGCCCCUUUUCCUCUCGGGAUGUCGAGAGGUAUUUCCAAGAGCCAUUCCUCACGGCCGCCCGCUCCCCUGUCGGCAGUGAUGGCGACGUACUCGAGUCUGGCACCAAUGACGGCGCGACGACUCCAUUCCAAUGUCUUGGUGCCUGCAACGUUGGGGAUGUUGCAUUGAAUCCUAGCGCGCCCAGCAGCAACAAGAGUGCAUCCGUCUCACAGACUCCGUUAGGCUGGGAGCAGCAGCCAGUUUCCACAUCACUACCGGCGGCCGGUACACGGAGCUGCCACGAGAGGUUAUGCGGGAUCAGCUUGCGAAUCAGCGAGGCGGCAGCGGGGUUUGCAAAAGACGGCGCCUCAGCCAGCGUCGUGGCCUUGAAGGGAGUGGCGGGCCUCGCCAGCGAGCUGGUUGAGAUGGCCCGACAGAUUUCACUCCAUCAGGGGCAAGAUCCACCGACAACCCGGUCAUCGACAACCAAAAAUUUGGAUUCCAACCUCCAAGACGACAGCAAAAUGUCAACCAGAGAGGUCGGCGGCGGAAGCCCACUUGCUUCUUCCGCAUCCAGUGUCACCGUGUGCCAACACGCCAGCAGCAGCCACUGCAAACGGCACAUGACGGGGGUAGCACUCGACUCGACCCUCGUCCUGCUGUUCUUGGCCUGUUACGCAGGGUUUCUGAGCGUUUUCGAGCUCGUGCUUGAGAGACUCCGGGCCCAGAACGGGGAUUGCAGUGGUGAAGACGUCAAGACCGGACGCGAUACCAAAUUCUUGUUGACCUUGCUCGAAACGUCGCUCGCGGUCCACACAGUUCACUGUCUCUUCAAGCUUUUGCGUGAAGCCGUUUUCCCCGAGGACAAAAGGGAUCGCAACAGUGACCUGGAUUCGGACAACAGCCUCGCUCUGCUCACCGGGCGGGACACUGUGGCGAGAGGACCGGGUCGAGGAACCGGACGAAACCUCUUGGAAUGUACUUGGGAGGAUUUGAGGCAAAGGGAGGAGGAAAUUUUGAGGAGCACAGAAGAGCUUCAGCAGAGGCUCGUUAGGUAG